CCACCCACACUUCCAGAGGGGAGAAAGGGUUAAGGACUGUUGGAGAAGAGCGGGGCGGGGAGGGAGCCCCGAGGAGGCCUCGGAGCAGCAGGCCUCGUCUGCAGGUGCAGCUUCCAUCAGCGGCUCUGCGCGCGGUGGGUUCUGAGCGCCGCUGUGAAUUUGGAGGAGGGACCGCGGCCACGGUCGGGGACCGCCGCGGCGAGGAGUGGGCGUGGCCUGGUCGGUGUGGAUGCUUGUUCGGAAAGAUGCUGGGUGCUUUUCAGUGAAGAGCCAGGGCUGUGUGGGGGGAGCGUGUAUGUGCCUGUGUGGGGAGCGUGUGUGUCUGUGUGUGUGUGUGUGUGUGUAUGAGACAGAGAGAGAGAGAGAGAGAAAGAGAGUGAGAGAGAGAAAGGAGGGAGAGCCACUGAGAGACCCAGAGGUGCUGAAGACCCAGACGGCGCGGAGAGCCACUCGAUCUUUUGGGGAGCCCAGUAAAUGUGAACAUGGGGUCUGUCGCCGGAGCUGUCCUCAAGACGCUACUUCUGUUAUCUACUCAAAAUUGGAACAGGGUUAUAGCUGGGAAUUCCUAUGAUUGUGAUGAGCCUCUGGUGUCUGCCUUGUCUCCGGCAUCGUUCAGCAGUUCAUCUGAACUUUCUAGCAGUCACGGUCCUGGAUUUGCAAGGCUAAAUCGAAGAGAUGGAGCUGGUGGCUGGUCUCCACUUGUGUCAAACAAAUACCAGUGGUUGCAGAUUGACCUUGGAGAGAGAAUGGAGAUCACCGCUGUGGCCACCCAAGGGGGAUAUGGGAGCUCCAACUGGGUGACCAGCUACCUCCUGAUGUUCAGUGAUAGUGGCAGGAACUGGAAACAAUAUCGACAAGAAGACAGCAUCUGGGGCUUUUCAGGAAAUGCAAAUGCAGACAGUGUUGUGUACUAUAGACUCCAGCCUUCCAUCAAAGCCCGAUUUCUGCGCUUCAUCCCUUUGGAGUGGAACCCCAGGGGCAGAAUUGGAAUGCGGAUUGAGGUGUUCGGAUGUGCAUACAGAUCAGAAGUGGUUGAUCUUGAUGGAAAAAGUUCUCUUGUCUAUAGAUUUGAUCAAAACUCCCUGAGCCCAAUAAAGGAUGUUAUUUCUUUGAAAUUUAAAACUAUGCAGAGUGAUGGAAUUCUGCUCCACCGGGAAGGGCAAAAUGGAGAUCAUCUCACGUUGGACUUACGAAGAGGAAAACUCUUUUUACUUAUUAAUUCAGGUGAAACCAAACUGCCCUCUGCUCACACGCUGAUCAAUCUCACCCUGGGCAGCCUGCUGGACGAUCAGCACUGGCAUUCAGUGCUGAUCCAACGGUUGGGCAGACAAGUGAACUUUACAGUGGAUGAGCACAGGCACCGUUUCCACGCCCAGGGAGAAUUCAGUUACCUGGACCUUGAUUAUGAGAUCAGCUUCGGAGGGAUUCCAGCACCUGGAAAAUCAGUGUCAUUCCCCCAUAAAAAUUUUCAUGGGUGUCUAGAAAAUCUCUUUUAUAAUGGAGUAGAUAUCAUUGAUUUGGCCAAGCAACAAAAACCAGAGAUCAUCACUAUGGGAAAUGUGUCCUUUUCUUGUUCGCAGUCACAGUCUGUGCCUGUGACUUUUCUCAGCCCCAGGAGUUACUUAGCCCUGCCAGGCUUUUCCGGGGAGGACGAGCUGUCUGCUACUUUUCAAUUUCGAACCUGGAAUAAGGCAGGACUUCUGCUAUUCAGUGAACUUCAGCUGGUUUCAGGGGGUCUCCUCCUCUUUCUUAAUGAUGGAAAACUUAAGCUGAAUCUCUACCAGCCAGGAAAAUUACCCAGUGACAUCACAGCAGGUGUUGGAUUAAAUGAUGGGCAGUGGCAUUCCAUCUCCUUAUCUGCCAAAAGGAAUCACUUGAGUGUGGUAGUGGAUGGCCAGGUGGCCUCUGUUGCUUCUUCCCUGGGGUCUGAGCAGACUUAUUCAGGUGGCACCUAUUAUUUUGGAGGUUGUCCUGACAACAGCUUUGGAUCCAAAUGUAAAAAUCCACUUGGUGGAUUUCAGGGAUGUAUGAGACUCAUUUCUGUCAGUAACAAGGUGGUGGAUCUGAUUUCAGUUCAGCAGGGAUCCCUUGGAAACUUCAGUGACCUUCAGAUAGACUCAUGUGGAAUCACAGACAGGUGUUUGCCCAACUACUGUGAACAUGGCGGUGAAUGUUCCCAGUCCUGGAAUACCUUUCACUGCAACUGUGCAAACACUGGCUACACAGGAGCUACUUGCCACAACUCUAUCUAUGAGCAGUCAUGUGAAUCCUAUAAGCACAGAGGAAAUACUUCAGGGUUUUACUAUAUAGAUUCAGAUGGAAGUGGUCCCCUGGAACCCUUUCUUCUAUAUUGCAAUAUGACUGAAACUGCAUGGACCGUCAUACAGCACAAUGGCUCUGACCUAACAAGAGUCAGAAACACUAACCCAGAGAACCCAUAUGCUGGGUUUUUCGAGUAUGUGGCCAGCAUGGAGCAGCUCCAGGCCACAAUUAACCUUGCGGACCACUGUGAGCAGGAGCUUACCUACUACUGCAAGAAGUCACGGCUUGCCAAUAAACAAGAUGGACGCCCUCUGAGUUGGUGGGUUGGAAGAACCAAUGAAACACAGACGUACUGGGGAGGUUCUUUGCCUGAUCCUCAGAAGUGUACUUGUGGAUUAGAAGGGAACUGCAUUGAUUCUCAGUAUUACUGCAACUGUGACGCAGACCGGAAUGAAUGGACCAAUGACACUGGAUUCCUUUCUUAUAAAGAACACCUGCCAGUAAGGAAGAUCGUGGUUACAGACACGGGCCGACCACACUCAGAAGCAGCUUAUAAACUGGGGCCUCUGCUCUGCCGGGGAGACAGAUCAUUUUGGAAUUCAGCUUCCUUCAAUACUGAGGCUUCAUACCUUCAUUUUCCUACUUUCCAUGGAGAACUUAGUGCAGAUGUGUCUUUCUUUUUUAAGACAACAGCUUCAUCUGGGGUAUUUUUAGAGAACCUGGGGAUUACCGAUUUUAUAAGGAUAGAGCUACGCUCACCGGCAGUAGUGACCUUUUCAUUUGAUGUGGGGAAUGGACCUUUUGAAAUCUCAGUGCAGUCACCCACUCAUUUCAAUGACAACCAGUGGCACCAUGUCAAGGUUGAAAGGAACAUGAAAGAGGCAACUAUCCAAGUGGAUCAGCUCUUACCGAAGACGCAGCCUGCUCCCACUGACGGCCAUGUCCUUUUACAGCUCAACAGUCAACUCUUCGUGGGUGGAACAGCCACCAGACAGAGGGGCUUUCUGGGCUGCAUUCGGUCUCUGCAGUUGAACGGGAUGUCCCUGGACCUGGAAGAGAGGGCUAAGGUGACCCCUGGCGUGGAGCCGGGCUGUAGAGGCCACUGCAGCAGCUACGGGAAGUUGUGUCUCAAUGGAGGGAAGUGCAGAGAAAAGCUCAGCGGGUUCUCUUGUGACUGCACCUUCUCUGCAUACACGGGGCCUUUCUGCUCGAAGGAGAUCUCUGCAUAUUUUGGAUCUGGCUCAUCUGUGAUUUACAAUUUUCAAGAAAAUUAUUCCUUAAGUAAAAAUUCCAGCUCCCACGCUGCUUCGUUUCAUGGCGACAUGAAGCUGAGCAGAGAAAUGAUCAAAUUUAGCUUCCGAACAGCGCGAGCACCAAGCUUACUGCUUUAUGUGAGCUCCUUUUAUAAAGAAUACCUUUCAGUUAUCAUUGCCAAAAAUGGAAGUUUGCAGAUCAGGUACAAGCUAAACAGAUAUCAAGAACCUGACGUCGUUAACUUUGAUUUCAAAAACAUGGCGGAUGGACAGCUUCACCAUGUAGAGAUCAACAGAGAAGAAGGAGUGCUCUUGGUAGAGAUUGAUGACAACGCAAGGAGACAAGUUCAUCUGUCAUCGGGUACAGAACUCAGCGCCAUCAAGUCUCUUGUACUGGGCCGGAUUUCAGAGUACACUGACGUAGACCAGGAGACAGCCCUGGCCGGUGCACAGGGCUUCCUGGGCUGUCUGUCCGCGGUGCAGCUCAGCCACGUGGCCCCUCUGAAGGCCGCGCUGCAGCCUAGCCACCCGGCCCCUGUCACCGUCUCAGGACAUGUGACAGAGUCCAGCUGUGUGUCCCAGGCUGGCACUGAUGCUACAUCAAGGGAGAGGACACACUCGUUUGCAGAUCAUUCUGGAACAAGAGAUGACAGAGAACCCCUAGCUAAUGCAAUCAGAAGUGACUCUGCAGUAAUUGGAGGUCUGAUAGCGGUUGUGAUCUUUAUCUUGCUGUGCAUUGCUGCCAUUGCUGUUCGCAUUUAUCAGCAGAAAAGGUUAUACAAAAGAAAUGAGGCAAAGAGCACUGCCGUCUUGCCAUAUCCAGACUCGAGAUGGCUCCAGGAGGCCUCAUCCAGUGAUGUAUUUCCCAUAGCAGUCGUUCUACAGAACAAGGGAUGAGACACCGCUCUUAAUUUCCGACCGUUCUGAUAGGAUCUAAAACGGAAGUUUAACUCGCUUGAUGACUACGGUUUUUAAAUGUGAAGACCAUAUCCCUGGUCUCUCCACCGUGUCGUACGUAAGUUUUGUUAGAGGUAAAAAUCAAAAUUGGACAAUACGGACCUUGCUUUACUGGAGAACAUGCUCGUGUUUGCUUUAGUGUCCCCAUGGUGUUAUUAAUAGACCUGGAAAUGCUUCUAAGAUCCUGUUUGGCUGGUGUUUGCAUCUUCAGUGGCCAAAAGUAUAUAAAACCCCUUUGCCUUUCUCUGUGUUACAUUCAAUACAGUUUAUCAAUAGUCUUGAAAGAUGUUGUGUUGUCAUUGGUUUGUUUUGAUUGUUCUUUUUCUAUUUGACUUCUCUUAAUGAUUUGGGAUACCUUAGGUUUUGAGUGUCAGACUUCAGCUCUGAAUGUAAAAUUCAUAUGCAACCAGACUCGGAAAGUGCUUUGGUUGUCAGCGUGCAAUGUCUUGCCUUUUAAAAUUUUCAUAAUCUGCUAUCAUUGUUCAGUAGUGGCGGGAGGUAAGACCCUGGAUAAUGCCAAUUUCCCAAAGAAUGUGAAAUGUUUGCAACUCUUCAACUUGUCAACAUAAAAACCACAACUCUUAACAAUGCACACAUUUUAUUUACAACUGUAAUAUCUCAUAUGAAACACACCUUUGGGAAUAUUUUCCCCAAACCUUAUGCCAGUUUUCUUUAUAGGUUUGUUCUUCUGUUUUUCUAAAGUUUAUCACCAAAUUUUCUUUGAUCUCCCUUGACUGUAUUCCGUGGGGAAUGUUUCUUAUGUAUUAGAAAAAAAAAAAAAAAAAGACAGCUGGAAGUGGAGAGCUCCAUUGCCCAUCCUAAAACGUAUACUCCUUCAGGCAUACAUUUUUCUGUGCCCUGACCUCCAGGACAGACUUUGUAAAAUAUAAGCUGCAGCCACGCCCCCCUCCCCUACUUUCUCCAAAAGCAGUUGAGUGGUUACAGAGUGCUCACUCUAUGGGGUGAUGGCGUAUUGCAUGAUUUAUGCUUCAUCUGCCGUUCUGUCAUCUCUCAUUUAUGGUGUCGGGGUAAUUUCUCGAAAAGUACCAAAAAUCAAUAUAACCUGCUAACUAGUGCAUUCUGAUUAGGGUGUAUAUACAUACCAAGAGAUCAUAGAAUUAUCAGUGACCUUAUGAAACUUGUUGCAAUAUUUGAUUUUGAGGCAAAGCAAACAAGGUGCAUGCAUGUAGUUCUCUUUAAAUUUCAUAAGCCAGUUAUAUAAUAAAGGCACUUUGCUGUUUAUGAUCACGCUGCCCGGGUGCCUGGCAAGGAACAGUUGGAUCCCUUAGUUCAUCCACACCAGAACAAUUUGGGAAUACAUAAAUUAAUCAUCUUAUUUUCCUUCUCAACCUCCUUACAAAAGCUGCCUGUCUUUUCCAUAGCUCUGUAUCCAUUUUGCUGUUUCUGUAAAUGCCUGACUAAAUCUUAGGAUAUGAAUUAACAUAGUAGUUUAUGAAGGACCGAUGUUGAUGAGUGGCAUACUUUCUUCUUUUUAACUGAAAGACUUGAAGAAUCGAACACAGAAGUGCUAGUUUUUAUUUGAUGCAAAGCUGAAUACAAGCAUCCUAACGGCCCUGAAUCUGUUAGAAGUGUUCAUGUGAUUUAGUAGCCACAUUAACCUGGUUGGGAGUGUAGACAGGUUUAUAGAUGGUGAAGCCUCAUGGUACUGUGUGGUCCGCACCACCAGAAGCUGCAACAUGAUGGCCUCACAACGCAUUGAUCUGUCAUUUGUCAUGAUUUUCAGUUCCGGGUUUGUAAUCUAUUCUUUCUUUUUUCUUAAUAAAAUGCAUUUUUGAAGUUAAAAUGCAGGAUAUAUUUUAAGAGACGUUGUAUAAAGGUUUAAACUGAGGGAA